AUGAGAAUUUCUGAAGUAAAAAGUACAUCACGAGAGCAACGUAUUGCUCCUCACACACAUAUAAAAGGUCUUGGUUUAAGAGUAGAUGGUGUAGCAAAUCGACAAGCAGAUGGCUUUGUUGGUCAAGAAUCUGCGAGAGAGGCAUGUGGAAUUGUUGUAGAUUUGAUCAAAGCAAAAAAAAUGGCGGGUAGAGCUUUACUUUUAGCUGGUGCUCCAGGAACCGGUAAAACAGCUAUUGCUCUUGCUAUAUCUCAAGAAUUAGGACCAAAAGUACCUUUUUGUCCUAUGGUUGGAAGUGAAGUUUACUCCUCUGAAGUGAAAAAAACUGAAGUUUUGAUGGAAAAUUUUCGAAGGGCUAUUGGAUUAAGAAUUAAAGAAACUAAAGAAGUUUAUGAGGGAGAGGUUACAGAACUUACACCAGAGGAAACAGAGAACCCUUUAGGUGGUUAUGGUAAAACAUUGUCACAUGUAAUUAUAGGAUUAAAGACAGUAAAAGGAACAAAACAAUUAAAAUUAGAUCCUAGUAUUUAUGAAAGUAUACAAAAAGAAAGGGUUACUAUAGGUGAUGUUAUAUAUAUUGAAGCUAAUACAGGAGCUGUAAAGCGCGUUGGUAGAUCAGAUGCAUAUGCAACUGAAUUUGAUUUAGAAGCUGAAGAGUAUGUGCCACUUCCAAAAGCCGAAGUACAUAAAAAAAAAGAAGUUGUGCAAGAUGUCACAUUAAAUGAUUUAGAUGUUGCAAAUGCACGGCCUCAGACGAGGUAUCCAUUAUAUGCAUUGGAAUCUCCUAUAUCGCCUAUAGUUAUAUUUGCUACAAAUCGUGGAAUGUGUCAAGUGAGAGGAACAGAGGAUAUUAUUGCACCUCAUGGUAUACCAGUUGAUUUACUUGACCGAAUCUUAAUUAUACGUACAACAACAUAUUUAUUGGAAGAUAUAAAGGCAAUUGUCCAAAUCCGAGCAAAAAUUGAAGGCUUAGUUUUAGCAGAAGAUGCUUUAAAUUACAUGGCAGAAACUGGUAGUAAAACUUCUUUAAGAUAUGUAAUGCAAUUGUUAACGCCUGCAAGUAUUAUUGCACGUACAAAUGGUCAUGAUAACAUCACUUUAAAAGAUGUCAAAGAGGCUGAUGAUUUAUUUUAUGAUGCCAAAUCUUCUGCUAAAAUUCUUGCAGGAUACCAAGGUCAAUGA